AAUGUGUGCGGUAGAACGUAGUCAGUCGCUCACCUCCAUUCACCAACAGGCUGUCGCGAGUGGCGGUGUUUCAAGGCUUCUGAGAAAUAUCGUGAAGACUAGAGCUGGAGAGGACCACUACGCGCUCCCUGCAGGGCCCCACGUGCUGAGAAUGGCCGUGGAGAAUGGAGAGAGCGGCAAGGAAGAGAGCGCUGCCGCAGGGGAGAAGGGAUCUGUGGCGCCACCCUCAGGAGAUGGCGGCAAGGGCGAGGACUUCGAUGCCAUCCUGACGACACUCGGAACUGGGAAGUGGAAUGUCCUCUGCUACAUCGCCGUCGCUUACUGGAACACCGUCCUGCCCUACCACACCAUCGCGGGUGCCUUCCUCUCCCCCUCUGUGGCCCACACCUGCCGCACCCCUCCCAACGCCAUCACGCCCACCCUCAUCCUCCCGACCGACGCCCACAACGCCUCUUUCAGCGCCUCCUUCAACGCCUCCUACGCUACGGAUGCCUCCCUUCAGCAUGACGCCUCUUGUAGUUACCUGAGCGAGGACCCUGCCACGGGGAAGGUUGAGGAGAUGACGUGCACAGAAUGGGACUUCGAUAACACCACCUUCACCUCCACAGUCACGUCAGAGUUCGGCCUGGUGUGUGAGUACCGGUACCUGAGGGCGGCGCACCAGAGCAUCUACAUGGGCGGCAUGAUGGUAGGGGCGUGUCUCAAUGGAUUCCUGGCUGAUCGGUUUGGCCGCUGGACCAUGAUCGCCAUCUCGACUGUCACCUACACAGUCCUCGCCCUCGGCUCCGCGUGGCUACCGUCAAUGGGCACCCUGCUGGCCGCGCGCUUCCUGCUGGGCACUAUGCACCCCACCUCCCUCAUGACGGGCUACAUUUUAGUGACAGAGAUAACAGAGAUCAAGAAGAGGUCGGUCAUGGCCAUGCUGUCCCUAAGUGCGUGGUCGGUGGGCGCUACCUUGUGGGGGCUGUGGGCUUACUUGGAGAGGAACUGGCGGUGGCUGCAGACUUACGUGUCUCUCUUCUGCCCGAUUUUCCUCCCUGCCCUCAUAUUCCUGAAGGAGUCGCCGCGGUGGCUGGCGGUGAUGGGCCGCCACCAGGAGGCUCUAUCGGUCCUGCAGGUGGCGGCGAAGAUAAACGGCACCACGCUGCCGCCCACCGACAAGAUGUUGAGGAUCAUGCAGGAGGUGCAGCAGCAGAGCAAGAGCGAGGUAGAAGCUCGAUCCAAUGUGCCCAUGGCCCGACGAGUUUUAGACCAGGUGACCAUACUGUUCAGAACCCGCAAGCUGCUCACCAUCACCAUUGUCACGUGCAUCGGCUACUUUUCCGUCGCCAUGGUUUACUUCGGCCUCCUCCUCGCAGCCACCACCUACGAUGUGGACCCGUUCAUGUAUGUGGCCAUCUCGGGGCUGGUGGAGAUCCCGUCAAACCUUAACAUCUUCGUGGUGGAGAUCAUCGGUCGCAAGAAGUCCGGCAUGGGAUGUUUUGGUCUGUGCGCCGUGACGCUGCUCCUCCAGCCACUUGUGCCAAACAGCCUCAAGUGGCUGUCCAUAACAUUGGUGAUGAUCGGGAAGCUCUCCUCCACCGCCGCCUUCAGCGUCAUGUUCCUCUACACGUCUGAACUGUUCCCGACGGAGAUCAGGACACAGGGCAUGAGCGCCGGCAUGAUAUCCUCCCGAAUCGGCGCCUUCAUCGCCCCAUUCUUCAUGAGUGCCCUGGAGCCAACACACCCGUGGGCCGUCUCCGUGGUGUUCGGUCUGGCCGCCGCCGUCGCCGCCGUAUCCUUCGUGCCGCUGUGGGAGACCAUGAACACCUGCCUGCCAGACACCGUGGCGCAGCUGGAGGAGAUGGACGUGCACGGGAAAGUCAGGCCGUGCUUCUCUGAGCAGGAUGAGGUGAACACCAAAGAUGUCACGUCUGUGUGACUGCGUUAAUGACUUGAGGGAGUGUGGCGAGCGGUGGUGUCGUCAUGCUUCGGUGCUACUCCGACGCUGCUCAAGCCACGGGUCGCUGGUGCAUCAAGCCAAAGCCACGAAUUACGGCCACUUUGGUUGUCUACUUUUUUUUUUUUUUUUUUUUGCAGUUGACAAUAAAUGUUAGUGAUUUUA